AUGACCGUCACCAUUGUUGAUGAAGUGGCUGCGAAGCUCAAGGGCCAGACGCUCCAUCUUCCAAGUCUUCGAGACCUCUAUGCACGAUGGCCCAACGAAAUCAGUCCCCAUUACGACCAACACCAAAAAAUCAUUGAUGACCAAAUCAGUCGGCGGAUCACGGACGAACACGCGCGCAGAAAGGCCGAAAAGAUCAACGUCGCCUUCUUCUCUGCUACCUGGUACCCCCGAUCAUCCCUUGACCGUCUAGAAACCAUCUCCUGGUACACCCUCUGGCUCUUUCUCUGGGACGACACCAUCGAGGACAGCGCCAUCCCACAGGCAAGUUCCGAGUCCCAGCCUUCAACAGACAAAAACAUGAAGAUAGGCUGGCUUCACCAGCAAGCACUUCGCUACGUCAAGUUCCAUCUCGGACUAGUGAGCCCCCGCCCCGCUGAAGAGCCUGCAGCACCGACAAGAUACUGCGCCCUCUUCAAGUAUGCCGCCGAGCCACUGCGCGCUGCCUGCACCAUCACCGAGAGAAACCGCCUCUAUCAGCUGCUCAGCAGCUACAUGGAGUGUUGCGAGGUCGAGCACGGAUUUGUGAGCAGGGCCUCGCUGCCGAAGCUGGAUGAGUACUGGGGCCAUCGGCUGGGGACUUCGGGUGUGCACACGUAUGGCGCGCUAGGGGAAUACAUGGCCGGCGGUAGAAUUCCCCCGCGGCUGUUCAAGACGGCAGAGAUAGCUUCCGUGUGGUUCGAGACGAAUCGUCAGGUUGUGAUUGUGAACGAUCUGAUAUCGCUCAAGAAGGAGAUGAACAAGAGCUUGCACUCCCUAGUGCCCAUUUCUCUGCAGGACACAGGUGCAGACCUAGACGAAGUGGUCCGAUUUCUACUGGAAACGCUGCGCAUAUCCCGGGAUAAUAUCAACAGUGCAGCGGACAGACUGCUCGCCAUGGUCGGGGAGGAUCCUGCGGCUGCAGCUAGGGUUCAGAACUAUAUUGGGAGCUUUCAGACAAUAGCUACGGGGAACUAUUGGUGGUCAUACACGGACUGUGUCAUCAUGAUGGCAUUCGCCUCACCAAUUCACACAUAUAUUAUGCAACAUCCGGGUCAUGUCACAGGUGUUCCCGGUCUUCCAUCGCUUGUAAAUGGGAGUAACUAG